AGUGAAUUGAAGACCAAGGACAUGGUCUGAAUGGCUGUCUUUAGUCACUGGAGGAAGCUUCCAUGCACCGAGCGCCAGGCAUGGCUGGGAAGCCUUUCCGGGCCACGUACAUCUGGACCAGCAUCAUUUCUAACCUCCACACUCGCGUGGAGGUCAAGCGGCGGCGCCACAACCUGAAGUCCUACCAUGACUGCUUCCUGGGUUCGGACGCCGUGGACGUGGUAUUGGCGCACAUCACCCUGAACCGUUUCUUCGGGGACGAGGCGGUGCCCCGCUACAAGGCCGUGCGCCUCUGUCAGGCCCUGAUGGACUCAAGGGUAUUUGAGCCGGUGGGCAUUAAAGUGUUCGGGAAGGAGAAGAAGAGAGCCACAUUUGAGGACAGCAGCUGCAGUUUGUACCGGUUCCUGAGUCCGGCCAACAGCUCCUCAGCUGCCCUGGUCAACACCAACUCCCACUCCACCAUCACCAUCGAGAGCGGCUACGACUCCCCGAGCAUGACCAGGAACAAGAACGGCUACAGUCCGUCACGUGAAAGACAAGAGGUGCUGAGCUACUCCACCCACUCCCCGGUAAAUACAGACAAAUCGCUGGAGGACGUGCUGGGAAACCUCAACCUCAGCUCGACCAUCACCCCUCAGAUGAUCAACCUCGGCCUCUCGCAGCAGCUUGUGGAUGAAGUGUGGCACCAGCAGGCGGUGUUCCGGCUGCUGCAGCUGAUCGAGCUCCCCCUGUUGGAGAACCUGCUGGAGGGGAAGGAAACAUCGCGGCCUUCUCUGCACGGCAUGGACAGCGACCCCGACCUGCUGUACACGUCCAGCUACCUGGACAGAGAGGUUCUGAAGGCGUUCAGCGAAGCACAGGCUGAUGAGUGGAUGUCAGGGGCGGUGGACUGUCUGGAGUUCCUUCCCGACGAGCUGGUGGUGGAGGUCAGUCGGGGUCUGGCCGGCUGUGCCGACGACCUGCCUCGGUGCAAGGAGCUGCUCUACCAGGUGCUGACUCAGCACUACGGACACACCGAGCAGCCGCCUCUGCUCAGCAACCACGUGUUCGACAUCCACUCCGGCAUCUCGGAGCUGCUCGUGAACGGGAAGGUGGAGCUCGCUCUGGAGACGUUGCAGCUCAGCCUGAAGCUGCAGAACUCGCGCAGCAGGGAGGAGCUCCGGAGGCUCCUGAGAUUCAUGGCCAUCGCAGCCAAAUCGCAGGAAGUCAAACUGCACAAAGAGAUUGAGAACAGAAUGGCGGUGAAGAGGUCUUUCUCUGGUGCCAUCGUCUAUAGCAGGAGACUCUCCAAAGGAAAGGUGGACUUGAUGGUUCUGUUUAUGAUGGACAACCACUGUGACCUGUUCAAGAUCCCUGUCUCGUUGCACAAGAUGGUCAGCGACAGAAUAAUGAACAUCAUGACGGGGAAGGAUCCGGACAUGAUGACAGGGUCGACAUACUGCACGAGAGUAAGCGCUAAGGACUACUCAGAAAACGCACAAAAAACCACUAAAGAGGAGCUUUUGUCUCUGCUGCGGACUGUCCACGAGAACCCCAAACUCUCCUCGAAGGAAAAGAGACGGCUACUGGGACAGUUUUACAAAGGACACCCGGAGAUUUUUAUCCAGUACUUUGGAAAUAGAUUGUCAAGUGUCAACAUGUUGCUACGGUAAUAUUUAUUAAUUUGAAAAACAAAAAAAAAUCAUGUAUGAAAUGUAAAAAGAGGUUAAUGUGACGAUUUUCUUUUCCUCCAUCUGUAAAUAGUUACGACUACUGAACAAGAAUGUGAAUUUUAAUUGUAGAGACUCUUAAUAAGCUGCAAUAUUUAAGGACGUAUUUACUUUUUUUUGGUUUUUGGUGCAGGACACUAACAUGCAAUGUGUUCAUAAGGUUUUGUACGAGACUGUUAUUUUAUCCAAAAGAAAGAAAACGAACCAAGUGUUCCUGAGAGAUUAGUUUUUUUGUAAUAUUUUCACAUCACAAUGCAUUUUGAUGGCGAUACAUGUCUAACGAUGCAUCCGGACGUCGCUUAUCAGUGGGUAUAUUGUCUGUGCUUGUGCAAUAGGAUCAGUGUUAGCAAUAAAAAAAUGUGUCGGCUUCUCAUAUACAAUGUGAUGUACAGUACAAGUAUGUGUGAGGAACCCUCCAACGGAAAUUUGAAACUGGAAAUCUGAAAGUCUGAUGUUGUUCUCUGUAGUAAACAGUGAGAAGCAUUCAUGAGAUUCAGCCCUCUGGGUUGUUGUGUUUGUCGAAAAAAAAAUCAACAAAACAGAUGUUGUACUUUUGUUGUUGUUGUUGUUGUUUUUCUUCCUCAGCCUUCGUCGCGUUUCAGCGUCAUCUUCAGGGUUUGAAAUAAGGUUUAUGUAAUGUUUCUAAUCAGAUGAGGAAAUUGCUUCCAAAUUUCCAAGAAGAAUUCCUAGACUAAGCUAAACCACAAACAUCUUGUUUGUAUUUUGGCAGGUCUCAUAGUAAAAUUCAACUGGUAUUGUUUAGCGUUCAUACAUUCACGUGGCGCUGCUCCUGACGUAAAGACAGCAAAUCGUAUCUGAGUAAUUAAUCCACAAAAUGUCAACAAUGUUCAGUUUUGCAGGACUUGUCUAGUGCAUGGAACAAACACGGUCCUCUGUUUUUCUUUCCUAACAGAGUGGCAUAACUGUGAAUGCUGCUUUUUUUUCUCCUGAGGUUCUCAUGUCAGACAAAAAAUCUGAAAAAUUGCUGAUUCACCUAAACUGUCCAUGUGCAAAUUGUUUUUUUAAAAGUAGUUUGGGAGGCCAGCACCGUUUCUUUCUUCUUCUUUUUUCUCGGCUGACAUUAGUUACGCCCAGAGCGCUAGAAAACAAACCCACAGAGCUCUUAAUGUGCUUUAACGAUUCUCCAGCUGUAAUCAAUGACUUGAAACCACCACGGAGACGCUGAGAAAAGGCCAACAAGCAAUGAAAUAACCUAAUAGUUUACUGUAACACAAUUAAAUUAUUCCCUCCCGA